UUAUUUUUCAUUUUCGUUCCUUUAGGAUUUUUUGCAAGUUAUAAAUUUCUAAACGUUCUACCGCUGGCGUGGCGUUGAUCAGCCCGAUUCUGCACGAUACAGCCAGUAGAACGUAACGUACACACACGUACACCUUAGCCUCUACGAACAAUUCCGCGAUAGAUUGUCAAACAUAUAAAUGCGUCGGCGUGCAUUAAAACGCCUCCCGGUGUUCUGCGCUAAGUCGUAUCCGAUCUCCAUAGCUUCCUUGCCUAUUACGACUUUCUCUGCUGGUAGCGUCUCAGCUGUCUAUGAUAAUGAUGUUCGUGGUAUUCACAAGGAAACAGACAGGGGAUUCGAGCAAAUAGACGUUCUGCUAUACUAUUGGAGACGCCGCGCAGCGUUCGCUGGUGAUCAGCUUUUAUCUAAUGUUUUACUCCACUCCAUCCGCCCCCGCGUCGUCACCACUACUAUUUGCAUUGACCGAAACGAGCGAUCUACCUUUGGAUUGACCUUUGGGCUGCUGAGAGGUCGUAUCGGAUAUAGUCGUCACAGCGGCUGUUGCUGCUAAUGUUGUCGAGGCCGUUACUUCUACUGCGGUCGUAUCAAACCUACUCUAUUUAGCGGAACAGAAAUAUGCUCAAUGGCAUUCGAUAUUAGCGGUACAGCAAUAACAUUAUCACCAUUAGAACAGUCAGCGACCGUCCAUCAAAGACCAGUAGAAGCGCUGGCUAGAAGCGGAAAGUCUUCUCGACAGCUCACUCCCUCACAUUGCGGCUGACUUCAGUGUUUCCUUUCAUCUAGAUAAAACGUUGAGAACAGUCACUAGGCCACUGGAAUAACACUUAAGCCAAACUACUGCACGUACGCCACGUACGGGCACACUCGCCAGCCGGCUUGCGAUAAUCUUCUAAUAGCCCAUUUUGAGAUGGAGGUGGCGAUAGUUUUUCAGUAAAUGUAAUAAUCCGUGCAUUAAACGCUCUAGAUAAGCGAAGCAUUCGUCUGUUAUAAUCUCAUUGUUUGACUGAGUGAAACCCGAAGUUAUUGACACCGAUUCGUAAUAGACGUAUAAGCGCCGUAAACUCUGACAAGCGAUCCUCCCACCACGUUGGCCAGCGACAAAGUCAUCACCUUAAUAACUUGUGAGGGUGGCACGACACACGACAACGGUGUAUUUGUAUCGUUGCCUCUUUCCUUGUAGGUCAGUGAAGGAAAUAGGCAGUUUACCUAUUCAGCAAUAAGAUAAUGGAUUUCCACUUGACAAUGGAACGCGACCCGGCGCUAAAUAAGUUCCUUGAAAAAGAAAAGGAGUGUUUUCAAGAGACACAAGGCGGUUUUAACGACCAGGGUGCUCAUCGUAUAGAGGAAAAUAAAGUUCAAGAUGACAACACGUGUCAACAGCAGGAUGAAAAGGACAUUCAAUGUCUAAACACAGAGGUUACUUAUGAUUUGACCAAAUAUGCUGCCGCCCCAGAUACAAAACAGCUGCCGGCAUGCCAGAAGGUCGACGAAACUUUGGCGUCGGCUACGAAUCGGACUUCUGCAGAACCCGAGCAUAACGACCCCCAACAAUCAAUCCUGGUUCCUGCUGCUGCCACGAAUGAUGGCACGAAUUCGCGUGCCAGUAUUAGCCUUCAAACAGUGGCUAGUGUUGGGAUGAUUAGAAAUUCUAUGGCCCGCGCAGAGCAUUGCAGACCGCAAGCGAGAAGGUUUCACCAGGAAUCGGAAACAAUGCAACAAUGGCGAAAGGAUUUCGAGGAACGACUAAGAAUCAAGGAUCAACUUGAAGCCGAAGCCAUUAAGGAGCUCAGGGAAGAAGCUGGCAGAUCGAAAAGGGAAUGGUAUGCCCAGUGGCCAGCCGAAGUCGCUGAACGGCGGGUACUUCGAAGCCUGGAAGAACAAAUGGCUGCCGACGCUCUCCGAGAAAGUAACAGUAACUCUACCUGUUGGCAGCGCAUGAGCCGCAUCGCGAAAUCACUUAACAUCCGCAGAGAGUCAAAGGACUUGAAUCGCAUGAGAGCGUUGCUUAUAGCACUCGAACGGCCGCCCAAAAGGACCGUCCCCAUUUUCUGGCAAGCAACGACUGGUGCAACAACACGACCCAAGGUUCGUCGUAAUCUAUUCGGUGGCGUCUCGGCUGAACAGCUAAUAACACCAUCGAACACCAUCGUCUGAGCCUCUUUGAACGAGCAGUUCAGGUCUGAAGUGAGAAAUAGUUAUUGCAACCUUGAACUAUUUUUAUUUAUUAUAGAUUUGUCUUAUUAUUAUUAUUAUCAGGAUUUAAUUCGCUGAAAUCGCAGCUGGCUGGCCCUCCAUGGCCAGUUUGUAGCCACUAUAGGCCGUACAGACUGAUCUGGUUGAAGUUUCCUGUUCGCCGUUUCGGCCAACAAGUGAUCUCUUGAAUGACAUUUUGGUAACAAAAAAUCCCCCUCUUAAUUCGUUUUGUCAAACGUACCUACAGCGGAAUGAAAAUAUAUAGGAUGGUAGAAAAGUUGGUAUAUAGCUAAAGCACCUACUGGAAUAUGUUACGUUAUCGGAAAAAGCUACAGGCUUAACGCAUGCAGCAAGCUUUACAUGGUGAAGCUCGAAAGGGACUCAACUCACUGUAUAUUUGCGUGAAAAGUUACCCGCCUCUCGAUUUGCGACGGCGAAAACCUGACUAACAGAUUAUGCAACAGAACUAGGUAAAACUUCUUCACGACAUAUGAACUACUGCCAGAAAUUCUUACUUGGCAGUGUUUUUUGAGCGCGUUGUCCAUUGCACGUAUCAACAACCGAAUACGCCUGAAUCGAGAAGGUCAUUUGUCCUAGACAUGCGUAAUAAUAACGUUAUCCAAAAUACC